AUGAGCUUUGAACGUUAUCAUCCCUCUAAGUCAAAUUCUGAACCUGAUAACAAUCAUUGCAAUCACAAUGGAAGCAAUCAUGUGCGUUUGAAAUAUGCUCCUAUAAAAAUUAUUUAUAACAAAGUAGGAGAUUGUGAUGAGAAAAGAAAAUAUCCUCCAUUAAAUUUGCGUUUCUAACCAGCUGACGAAAUCACAAAUCGGUAAGACCCUACUGUAACUAUUCCUCUAAGUUUUCUAUAAUAAUUAAUUCAAUAAGCUUAUUCAAAUAAAUAAUUGAGAACAAUUAACAAUCCGUCAAUUCGUAUUGAAGAAAAUAGGAAUGACGCAGUGGAAGAGUUAAUAAAAUAAAUUGAAAUCUAAUAAAAGGGGAUUUAUCCAAUUGAUGAGGAAAAAAAGGUUUAGAACAUGCUUUUAUAAAACCAUAUGAAUUUUAUGCUUGAAAAUGAUGAGGCAAAAGAAAUGAUUGAUAAUUUCUUUUAAGAUAACUUAAACUUAAAACCACAUUUUUGGACUUGGCUAAAAUAAUUAGAAAUUAAAGCCAUCUAAGACAUGUAUAUUCUUUGUCAUUUUGAUCCGAAGGGCUAAUAAUGUCAAGAUAUGUUCAAAUUUUUAUUCUAAAAACUCUCUCUAGAAUUUUAUUCAAAACAUGCUUACGCUUAAAUAUUGCGAAGUGAACUAUCAGAGAAAUUAAAAUAUUUAUCCUAAAUUGGAGAAAUUUUUAAUAAAAUUGCUAAGCCAUAAGAGUUUUAUUAUUUUAAAUCAAGAUGA